AUGACGAAUUCACUCAGAAAAAUGGUGAAUGAUGUACGGAAUAAUGCGGGGGGCCGCAAGAAGACUAAUACAGCAGACUCAAAAGAUUCAUCUCGGAGUGAUGAUACUCCUAAAGAAGAAGAAAAGAAGCCCGAAGUCGAAGCAAAAAGUCCCAAGAAGACUAAUACAGCUAACUCAAAAGAUUCCUCCCGCAGUGAUGCUCGUAAAGAAGAAGAAAAGAAGCUGGAAGUCGAAGCAAAAGGUCCUUCCAAUCCACCUGAUUCCUCCAAGAUCCAAGGGUCGUCGUUAUAUGGUCUUGUUCUUCCUGAUGAGCAUUCAAAUAAGACUCUGUAUCUUCGUGAUGCUUCCGGAGUUGAAUUCCGAGAAGGGCUUCGGGAAAUCCCCCCACCGCCGGCGACAAGAGUUCCGAUUGCACUUCCGAGACGCGGAGGCGAUGUUUUAUGGACGUCCGAAUAUGAUCAGAGACUCGUGCAGUUGGUAGGAAACCAUCCGGGUCAGGUAGAAACCGUAUCUCUUAGGAUGGGCGUCGAAGCUUCGGCCUGCAUUUCAAGGCUAAAUCAACUAACAGGGUCAAAUAUUGCGGGGGUGAAAGACAGGAGACGGAGCUCAAAAUUGGCAACUGACAAAUUUAGAAAAAGGUAUAAAGAAAAGAAAAAGAGGUUAGUUCAGCCUAAAAAGCGAAAACUCCGUCUUCAACUGGAAGACAGUAAAUGA